CAAAUGGACCAGACAUAUGCUGAAAUUGAGAACAUAUACACUCUGUCACCGAUCAUAGCAACAACACCAAAAAGAUAUGAUGUUCAAUACAUUCAACAGAAGUCACGAAAAAAUCGCAAUUUGAUAGAUCACUUUGACAGCAGACUUCCUAUCGAAUAUCGAUAUCCAAAGAAAAAUAGCAGUGCGACGUCAUCACUAUCUUCUGCAGCGUCACGAAGUCUGGCGAGCAAAAGUUUAGCAAGCUCUUCGUCUGGAUACUCUUCACUGGGAAGUACAUCUUCUAUCACAACAGUUUUCAACGGAUUGAGUCCUUUUCGUUCAAAAUCAAAAAACGAAGAAUUUGACGAACAGAAGGCACCGUCGAUGCGUAUUUCAGAGGAUGUAGCGAGUAUUGUGAUUGGAGAAAAUAACAGUGAAGUGGAGGAAGCUGUCAUUGAUGAAGUUCCAGAAAUAAAAAAGCGAGCAUGUUGUAUUGAGUGUAGAGAGAAAGAAAUUCGACAAGAACUUGAUCUUGAAUCUCAUCAGUAUGCAAACUUGCAAUCACUUCAGAAACCACAGGAUCCAUAUGUAUUCUUGAUGACAUCAAUGCUUACAAAUCUCCAGAAAGAGGAUGGCGGGCGACAAGUUGUGAAGGUUCAACAAAAAAUCGAAAAAGUUCUACGAUUGAAGCCACGUGAACCAUUCAACGUUGAGCAAAAGCUCGUUUUUGAUCGGCAAAUUUCAACUUUUGCUUCUGACGUCACAAUUCGUCUUCGUGCAGUCAGCGAUGCGGCUCCUGAGACAUAUCGUGAUGUUUCAGCCAGAUUCUGUGAAGCUCUUCAUCCUGGAACUCCAAACUCGAAAGGAUUGAAGAAUAUUGUUAAGGGUGUUAAAAACUUGCUUAAUUUUUAAAUUUUCCGAAAUUUUCUAUAUUAUAGUCUAAUUAAGAUUCAACUAGAUAUAAUACAUCACCUCAUAAUUUAUAAUAUUCAUUUUCUGUGAACGGUGCUACAAUCUUCACCAAUUCUUGUGCUCUUUCUUUCCCGUCUUUCCACGUGUCAAAUAUUCCAAACAUCAAUUCCAGUCAAAAUUCUCUAAAGCCGAUUUUCUCUCGUUUCACUUUCCUCGUUGCAUCAAGCUCACCUUAUUCGUGUAAUAAAUGAUUUGAAAAUUG